AGGCUGCUGCAUGCAUCUUGAGAGCAGCGAGCCGGCGCACGUUCCUCCUUAUUUGCUAUGAUUUGACCGGGUCGAUCAAUUUAUGAUGGCAAUCCACAGUUCAACUUGGUCGGGGAGCAGCUUGUCGCCAAGUGUGUUUCUAAACAACUGCUUUCCAGUGAGGAUAUGAUGACGUUCUGGACCGAGGAUGAAGACAAGACCAGCUGGGAUUGGCACUGUCAAUGCCGACUGGAUGGGUUCCCUUCCCUCCAAGAUCAGUGCCAUGCCCCUCAAACAUGUUGCCAUUCCAGGUUCCCACGAUUCUUUUACUUACUGGGUGGAUGUUCAUGCUCCUGUGGGUCCUGAUCAGAGGAUGUAUGUCAAGUACCUGGCCACCAUGUUCAGUGUUUUAGCUAAGAAAAUCAUGGUCAAGUGGUCCAUGACACAGAAUUUAACCUUUAAGGAGCAGCUGGAUGCCGGAAUCCGAUACUUUGACCUCAGGGUCUCCUCUAAACCUGGAGAGGCAGGGACUGAGAUUUACUUUAUCCAUGGCCUGUUUGGACACAAGGUGCGGGAUUGCCUGACAGAGAUGAACACAUUCCUUGGGAGACAUAAAAAAGAGGUUAUAUUUCUGGACUUCAACCAUCACUAUGCCAUGGCCUUGGACCACCAUAAUUACCUUAUUGGCAUGCUGCAGGAAGUGUUUGGAGGUAAACUUUGUACCAACAGUGUGGUGGAGAACAUCACUCUGGACUACCUCUGGGAGAAGAAAUAUCAGGUUAUAGUUUUCUACCAUCAUCCAUCAGCUCAGGGCGUCUCAGUCAUGUGGCCAGGAAACAAGAUCCCUGCUCCUUGGGCCAACACCACAGAACCAAACAUGCUCAUUCAGUUUCUGGACAGGACGCUGAAGGAGAGAUCGAAGCAGGGGUGCUUCCAUGUGUCUCAGGCCAUUCUCACACCCAGACCAAACAUCGUAGCCAAAGGUUUGCUCUGGGGGCUAAGAAACUACCUGGUGGAGAGAAACCUACCGACCAUCAUGUCCUGGGUGGAGGCCCAGAAACCGGGGGUGGACGGGGUCAACAUCAUCACCUCAGACUUUAUAGAGCUCACCGACUUUGCCAACAUCGUUAUCCAACUGAACAAUUUGCUUUUGUCUGAGCGCAAACAGAGAUGACACAUGUUUGCACAACAGGACCAAUGCGUUGACCUUUCUGGUGACCGUGGAGGGAAAUGAGACGGCAGCUUUUUCUA